CCAAGGAGCCCGGCAGCUUCCCUAGCUGUAAGGAACUACUUAGAUGAAGUAUAGCUAAAAUGUGUCCGUGUCAUCUGUAAGGGAGGAAACGAACAAUUAUUCGUUGAAUCUGUAAAUGAAUACAUUAUUAGUUUAUUCGCGUAAUUUCAGGUGACGCGACACCUGGUAAAAGGCCAAACCGCGAUCAUCAUCAGCGUCGGAGAAAAAAAGUUUGGGUUCUUUUUUGGGGGGAUAUUCACGUGAGCAACGCGUCCCCGAAAGCGUUCGAAUGAACCUCACGCGCUUGGCUGCAGAAGAAGACGUUACGUACUCAUUGGUAGGACGCCUCUGAUACGAGCUCCGCAUAUUUUUUAUUUUUUUUUGUAGGAUAUCGCAAUUGGAAUUCUAGCGACUGUGCGUUUGCCGAAGCGUUUUCUUGCUUCGUCAUGCCGUACGUAUUCACCAGUGAGUGCGUUCGCUCACUGCUACGCACAAAGCGCCUAGCGUUUAUGGGGUGCUCAAACGUUCGAGCCGUCUACAAGGAUCUCGUCUGUCUGUACCAGGAGAAUUCGCUCAUCUCAAAUGAUUUGCUCAAGCAAAAGAUGGAGGAGAGCUGCCUUGGAGAUUACUUGGUAGACCAUGGAAAACAGAGUGGCCAAGGCUAUCUGGAAGAGAGAAUAUUUUGCAACGACCACACGACGAUUUAUUUCUACUUUUUGACGAAGAUCUACAGUGACUACGUGCAGACAGUCUUGGUACGCAUGGCUGAUAUUUCCCCGGACGUCGUCAUCGUCAGCUCGUGCCUCUGGGAUAUUACGAGGUGGGGACCCUGUGGCGUCGGCGAGUACAAGAAAAACCUGCACCUGUUUUUCGGGGGACUCAGGAGCGUCCUUCCCCAAAGUUCCAUUGCGAUAUGGCUGACUGCAGCGCCUCCAUCCCAGAACGUGCACAGUGGAUUUCUAUUCGUCCCAGAGCUUGACUUUCUCAAGUACUCGCUUAGAUUACACGUCAUCGAGGCCAACUACUUCUGCCGAGAGUGACAGCUCCCUCACCGCAAGCGAAAAACAGUGUUCUUCAGCAAACGCCAUUGAUGUGUCUGAGGAGUCAGGCACAGAUGACAGCUACGUUUCUGAAGAACUGUCGCAGAGCAACAUCUUUGGAAGUGAACCAACUCCGCAAGAGGACGCGGUGAGCGACGAAGGGCAAACGGCGGGCACCGACACGCGAGGACGUCCUAACAUCGAGACCCAAGGUUCAGCUUCACAACGUGGAUCGUGCCAGCUGUAGGACAAGUCCCAGAGUACGGCCACUGCCAACAAGACGUCAACUAUCGGAGUGGUGACUUCCCCGCAGACGUGUCAAGCCCACCGCUGCCAUCCACGUCGCAAGACGAUUUCCACGUGUGGACCUGUUUCGUUUCACUUGGGAAUGUUGCUUAUGCUCAUUUGUGAGUGUCAGCAUCUGCAAAGCCACAACCAUGCUGUGGCCAAAAAUUCUGCCUUAUGGCUCGGCGCUCUUGGUGGACGUGCAAGCGCAAAUAAAAGCAGACUUUGUUA